UUUAUUAUGACUUUAUGCUUGAGUAAAAGUUUAUUUACUAGAAAUUCAUCAGAUGAGGAUGAAAGUUUGAAUUAUCUCAUUAGGCUCUUGUAUAAGUUGGAAUCUGACGAUUCUGAUAAUGAUUGGAUUUGCUCAUUCAGAAAUUACUCAAAUUUAACAUACAAAUAUUUUGACUCAAAUUUUACUGUACCAAGUCACCUUAAAUUCGCCGGAUUCCUCGUGGAUUCUACUUCUAAUUUUGAUGUAAAUAAUUUGGAUUCUCUAAAUCUCAAUAUCCCUUUAAAUAGUUUGACUGAGUUCUACUUACUGGUUUUAGAAAAUGACUCUAAUCUCGUUUUUUCACUUAACGAAUCAUUUUCAUGUUAUAAAAUCAGUCAAAAUGAGGAUGAUAAAACUAAAUUACCAGUUAAAUUGGAUGAUAUAAGAUGGGUUGAAGAUGACGAUGCUGAAUUAAAGGCUAGAAACUUAAUGUUAAUGAACGUUAGCCUCUUAUUCUUCUCUAAACUGUCUCUUAAUGAGAAUUUUGGAGCUAAUAUUACUCAGCCGGGAGUAUAUAAAUUGGGAAAUUUACCUGACACUAUCAAAUGUUCACUGGUAGAUUCAUUAAAAUCAUACUUAACAAAGCGUAAUUCAGAUGAAUCAUCUUAUAAAGUUGUCUAUUCAGACCCUUUUAAACGGAUUAAGGAUAAACUUUCUGAGUUUUACCCAACCUUUUCAUUAGGGUUUGGCUUCGAUAGCAGAGGUAGAAAACAUGCCUUUGUAGUCUGCGGAGAUUACGAAGAUUGUAAAUUAUCAGUUAAACUUUUACUUCAAAAUACUGUUUUAUUAAAUUUUGACCAAUCUGAGGAACCUUUUCUUACCAAAUUAGUUUUAGAUAAAGCUCAUGAUCAGUUAACGAAGUUGUCUUCUUUUGUGAGUAGUGAUCUCAGUAGUUUAUCCUGUUAUGUUACUGUUUCAAAUGCUAAGAAUCCACAGGAAGAAGAAUUGUUCUUGAAUGAUUCUACAGAAGAAUUACCAGAAUCGGACCAGAAAACUACGAAAUCGACCAGAAACAGCAGGCCUACUCGAUCAGGUAACAAAUCAUCCAAGAGUAAAAAUGUUAAAACUGCUCCUAAAAACGCUGAAAAUAAGAGUAAAAAUAAAGAUAAAAAUAAAGUAUUUAACAUGGUACCUAAUUUAGAAAUUUUUGGAUCAGAAUUUACUCUUAAACUUGAUACUACCACUGGAGCAUUAUCAUUAACAUUAAAUAAAGAACAUCAAAACCCUGAUGAAGAGGAGGAUAAAAAUAUAUGUUUAAAUUUAGUUUUUAAGUUUUUAAUGUCGAGUUUGAGCUUUUCUCAAUCUGUAGAUUAUGUGCCUUUUGGAGGCACUGUUGUACCGUUUUUUGACUUUUUAUCGCAGUCAAAUUUGUGUUUUGAUGGUGUUUUUGGCCAGAAUUUAUCCAAAUUAAAAUCUGUUUUCAACCCCUACGAUCUAGUUGAUAAAACCAUUCUAGUCUCACCUCAUAGAGCUAUUAAUCCUUAUCCGGGCUGGAUUUCACCUAAAAAAUCAACUGUUAGUAUGGUUCAAGGGAAUUAUCAAUACUAUCACUACACUCAGAUGGGAGUGAAUGAUACUGGUUGGGGAUGUUGUUACAGGUCACUUCAGUUGGUUUGUAGUUGGUAUUUGCUUGAGUAUCACACGACUAGGAUGAUUCCAACUCAUUCUAAGAUACAAGAAGUUUUAAAAGAAAAUGACGUUUCUCACAAGGAUUUAAAGGUUGGAAGUAACACGUGGAUUGGAACAGUAGAAUCUGGUUACUUUUUAAACUGGUACCUUGGAUACAUGUAUAAAACACUGUACCUAAACGAUGUGUCUGAGUUUAGGAAUUAUAAUGUAGUAAUAGCAGACCACUUCAAGAGUCAGGGGACUCCAGUUAUUGUCGGAGCUGGGGCCUACGCAUAUGUAAUUCUAGGAAUAUGCAUUGAAUCUGAGCAAGGUGAAGUGGCGUAUUUAAUUGCAGACCCACAUUACACAGGGGAGGAUUCCAUCAAAAACGUGGUAAAUAAGGGCGGAAUUGGCUGGAAAAAGGUUGAGUUUCUCUCCAAAGCUUCCGAGGGUAAAUUUAUUAAUCUCUGCCUUCCACUUCUUGAGAAAUAUGGUGUUUAAUCUUCCCAAAUCAUGCU